GAAGUCAUGCACUUAACUGAACAUCUAAUGAACUCAGUUUUGAAGUAAGUCCACAGUACCAAUACAUAUACUCUCUCUCCUCCUCCUCUGUAUUGCCAACCCACACUUUCCCUGAUUUCCCUACUUCAGUACCUGCAACCCUCUCUCUUCGUACAAGACUGCAAAUUUUUAAUACCCAGAAAGACUUACACGGUCUUAACAGUAAUUUAGGUAGACAAACACUGCCCUAUCUUUUAAAAACCUUUCCAUUACUACCAAAAAAAAAAUAAAAUUGUUUCUUGCUUUCAAACAUCACUUUCAAAUAUGAACUAAACCAAUAACAUGUAAGUGUUCUCUACAAAAUCUUGUUGGAGGGUGAAUGGGGUGCAUGUUCUCUGGCUUAGCUGCAAAAUUUGCUUUCUUUCCUCCAUCUCCACCUACCUACCAGAUCAAGAAGAAAGAGAAUGGCAAGCUUACAGUCAUCUCAUCUUCUUCAAUGCCACUUCCUCUUGGUGAUGAUGAUUCAUUUGAUGUACUAUUGAUUGAUACAAAGAGAGGGAAUAAGAUUGUUGCUUUCUAUCUGAAAAAUCCAUAUGCAAGGCUUACUCUGCUCUAUUCCCAUGGCAAUGCUGCUGACCUUGGCCAGCUUUAUGACCUCUUUGUUCAGCUCAAGAUCAAUCUCAGGGUUAAUAUCAUGGGCUAUGAUUAUUCUGGUUAUGGAGCCUCUACUGGUAAGCCUAGCGAAUCUAACACAUAUACGGAUAUUGAGGCGGUUUAUCAGUGUCUUCAGACAGAGUAUGGAGUCGGUCAAGAAGACAUAAUUUUGUAUGGACAGUCAGUUGGUAGUGGUCCAACAUUGCACUUGGCAGCUAAGUUGCCUAGGCUGAGAGGUGUAGUUUUGCAUAGUGCUAUUCUUUCUGGUCUUCGUGUGCUUUGCCAUGUAAAGUUUACAUUUUGCUUUGACAUAUACAAGAAUAUAAACAAAAUUCAAAAGGUGAAGUGUCCUGUUCUAGUGAUACAUGGUACAGAGGAUGAUGUUGUGAACUGGUUACAUGGCAAUGGACUAUGGAAAUUGGCACGAGAACCGUAUGAGCCAUUAUGGAUUAAAGGAGGUGGGCAUUGUAACUUAGAAUUAUAUCCUGAUUAUAUCCGGCAUCUCUACAAGUUUGUUCAAGAAAUGGAAAAUAUAACCACAAAAAUUCGUCUCAAAAAGAUCCAGCAGAAUCUCAGGUUAAAACCAAGGUUUGGAAUUAUUAAUUCUAACAGGUGCUGUAGAUUUAAACUGUGGCGACCGAGGUGCCCUGAAUGUGUCAGACCUAGUUGCAUAAAAUGUUUGUGCACGUACAAAUGCCCUGAAUGCUGGAGAUUCAGGUGUGUUAAAUGUUGCUGCCAACCGAAGUGCCAAAAAUGUCGGAUGCCCAGUUGCUGCUGCGCUAUUAAAUGUUUACAUUGCUGGUGGUGUGGGAACAAGUAGUGGGAGGAUUAAACUGGAUGCCGUUUUGUAUAGAUUUUACUGAAUUUUCUAACACCCUCUCUAAUCUUUGUGCAUUUAGUGUACAAAACAAGAGGAAGUAGUAAUCCAAUUACCUUGUUAGAAAUAACAUAAUUGAAUGUUUCUCUAGAUGUUACAUUCUUUGAAUUGGUUUUAUUUCUUAUGGGAUGAAUUACUGUUUUAUCGAUGAAA